AUCGAAACUCACAUGCGUUUCUUCUCCUCCGCCUUUGCUCAUCCACACCCUCACCCCCACCCUACCACGGGAAUCGCCACCACCACCACCACCCACAUUGACCCCAUGUAAUUAAUUCCACUUCCCCCAAUUUUUCCCUAUAUAAAAACGGGUCCGCCUCACAACAUCUUCCAUCUUUUCUUGAAAACCAAAGACAAGGAUCUAGGGUUUUUCUGCAUCAGAAAAUCGGGCCCUCUCGUUUGGCUCUUCGUCUUAUUGAAUUGAUCCGAAACUGAAAUGAAGAGGCCAGCCUAUCAUAAUGUUGCAUCAGGAGUGCCGGACCAAUGGCCCAUCAGGAAGGCCCUCACAUUGUCUGACGUGGAUAUCACUCAUCCAUUUCUUACUUUGGCUCGCCAGCUAGUUGAAAAUCAUAUUCUCGUGCAUUUGAUGCCUCAAGAACAGGAACGCUUGAGAGUUGAAGGUCAAGUAGAUAUUAAUGCCCAGGAUGACGAUACCGGUGAUAUGCAUGCCAUGAAGUUGAAGUGGCGUGGGAGUUAUUAUAAUCUCAUAGGCAAGUGGGGGAAACUUGUUCGAGCCAAGGGACUUGACGUUGGGCAAGAGAUUAAAAUCCGCUGGAUUAAUGGGUGCUUGCACUUCUCGGUUUCACCAAAGCAAGUUGUUGCUGUACCACCACUGCGGAUGGUUACAGCACCACUAGCGCAGGACCAUUGGCCUGUUAAGAAAGUCCUGACACUGUCUGAUGUGGAUGCGAAUCAUCCGUUUCUCCCUUUGCCGCGCCGAUCCGUGGAAGAUCAUAUACUUGUGCAUUGGACCCCACAACAGCGAGAAAUAUUAAGAAACGAAGAGCAAGUGAAUGUGAAUGCCCGAGAUUACGAUACUGGUGAGGUGUAUGUGAUGAAACUAAAGUGGCGUGGGAAUUAUUAUAACCUUAUAGGGAAAUGGGGAACAAUCGUUCGAAUGAAGGGACUUGGUGUUGGGGAAGAGAUCAGAUUACGCUGGGCUAAUGAAUGCUUAUACUUCUCAAUUACACCGGAGCGGAGUGCAGCUGCAGCACCUGGGCAGGCCCUGGAUCAAUGGCCUAUUAAGAAGGCACUCACAUUGUCUGAUGUGGACACCAAUCAUCCAUUCCUCACUUUGCCUGGAAAAUCAGUUGAAGAUCACAUUCUCUUUUAUUGGUCACCACAAGCACAGGAACAGUUGAGAAACGAGAAUCAAAUAAAUGUUAAUGCACGAGAUGAUGACACUGGUGAGCUGUAUCUGAUGAAGUUGAAGAGGCGUGGGAGUUAUUAUAAUCUCAUUGGAAAAUGGGGCAAAAUUAUUAGAGGGAAGAGACUUAAUGUGGGAAGGGAGAUUAGGGUACGCUGGGAAAAUGGGUGCUUGAUAUUCUCAGUUCCACAAUGA